UACCAGGACGCGCAACGUCUCUUGUUGGCAUGGAUUUAGGGUGAACGGAAACACACCCUAAUACACGGUUGUAUCUGUAUUAGUCAGCUUUUAAACAGAACGGCCGAAGUUAUGAUGUUUUAAUGUUCACGACGGCUAUGCAAUGUUGCGUCCCAACUAAAACUAAACGCAGUGGUGAUGAAGAGGAAGACGCUAAGGCGGCUCAGGCUGAGUCCUAAUGAAGAGUCGCAGCUCCUCCGAGAGGAACAAGACCGGAGGAGAAAGAUACGGAUACAGCAGGUGCGGGAGCAGGCACGCGCCAAUGCUCUCCACAUCAGGACCGAUGUGCAGAGGAGACGGGAGCAGGAGCUCCAGCUGCUGGCCGAGGAGCUCCGGCAGGACUGGGAGCUCCAGCAGAGCGAGAAGAUCCAAGCUCUGCAGAGGUUGUACGAGGAGAGCCUCCGCCUGCUAGGACAGGGCCACCGCAGCGCCAAGGAAAACGAGCCCGACUGGGAGGCCAUGGCCCAGCACGCUGAGGAGAACCAGGUGAAGGCCAAGCAGCGCUACAGAGAAGCCCUGAAGGAGCUCACGUCCCAGAGACACCGAGAACAGCAGGAGCACAACCGUCCAGCUGACGCCAGGAGAAAGGCCCUGCAGGCAGAGCGGGAGCGUGCCGCCUGGGUGGCCAGCCUCCCCCCACCUCCUCCCCACCCCAUGGAGACCAUGGAGGAGAACAGGCCUCCUGCUGGGAGACCUAACGUCAGUGGGUUCUCAGCAACGCACCAUCACUGCCCGGAGCCCACCGUGGACAGGGAGGUCGCUGCUACUCAGCCGGACGCCCACGAGGAGGCGGAGCAGGAGGCCCGGAGGCUGCUGGAGCGGGGGAGCGAGGCGGAGCGCCAGCGGGAGGAGCGGCAGGAGACGGCGCGUCUCCGAGGGAGGUCUGCUCUGAAGAGAGAACAGCUGACUCAGGACCGGGAGCGCCUGGUGGUGGAGCUGGAGCACAUGCAGCAGACGGAGCUGCUGCGGCGGAGGCAGCAGGUGGCCCAGAUGCCCGCGCAGAUCUUCCAGCCCCUCCACCGACGGCGGGAGGCCCGGGAGGACGGUCAGAGGGACAUGGAGUUCGCCUUCGAGGACAUGUACACCGGGGAGAGGAGGGUGAAGGGUGACCUGGUUCUCCAGCUGGUCCCGGAGCCCCUGCCGGCUCCAUCCACCACCUCCAGUCAGGACCAGGAGCUGGAUGUAACCGUGGACGACGGCGAGGACACUCCCCCGGAGGUCACCCCGGAGACCGAGGCCGGUCACCGUGGCAACGGGCAGCACCCAGGACCGGCUACAGCGCGAGUGGAACCGCCCCAACCGGCCCAUCGACAGGCGCUGCGGAAACUCCUGAAUCGUAUCAGGGCCCAGAGAGACAAGGGGUGGGACCAGGGCAGGGACCACCCCCAGGAACCCGACCUCAUCUCCUCUGCCGCGGCCUGUCAGCCGCCGGUCCGGCCGGAUGAAGAACCAGAGAGGGACUCCUCCAUCGACACGGGGUCUCUGUCCGUGGAGGAGCACGGGAGAGAGGCCUCCAGCCCACUGCUCCCCCCGGAGCCCGCCCCUGUGUUGGAGACCACGGGAGAGGAGUCUGUGCUGGCACCACUCCCUCCAGAGGUCCUCUCCAGCAGGAUGUAUGAGUGGAAGGAAAGGGAGGCGGCGCUGGAGCGGGAGAAGCGGCAGCAGAUGGCUCUGCUGGAGGACCUGGAGGAGCAGAAGUCGCGGCUGGAGGCCAUGCUGCGGGACGCCCAGCGGGAGAGGCAGGACAUGCAGGCCGCCGUCAACCAGGACGUCUCUCUUCAGGAACCGGAAGUACCUGCCGCUCCUCCUCCUCCUGCUGCCUCUGAGCUCGAGGGCUCCACGGGGAAAGAUCAAAGCAGCCGCAUCCGACAGCACCAACGGCGCCUCCUGGAGCAGAACAGGGUCCACCAGCGGUCGGUGGCGGUCGCCCGGCAGCGUCUGGAGCAGUACCAGCGGGCGCUUCGGAUCCGCCACAGCGCGGGCAUCAUGCCCAGGCCCCCCGCAGGGCCCCCCGCAGGCCUCGCCCCCCGUCCUCCUCUCGGUCUGUCGGCUGAGACCGCCGUACCGGUGGCCACCCCCCCGGCCCCUGUACCCCGCCCCACUGAGCGUGCAAUGCCAGCCUCGGCCCCGGGAGAGAUCCCCGUCCUGCGGUCGGAUGCCUGGAGGACCCCUCCGCCGCCCCGUCGCCCCGACCUGCGUCCAGCGCCCAGCCUGACCCCAGACCCGACUCGCUUCCCCCGGGGCUCGCCGGAGGACGACGCAAACGGGCCUCCUCCUGCCCGUAGAGCAGGCCUCUCAGCCUGGCUGACCGACAGCAUCAUGGAGCGGGCAACGGGCCACCUCCCGGAGAGCCUGAGGUCGCCGCCGGCCGCCCCGAACCCUUUCACUCACCGUCCACUCGGGACAGCAGAGAGUGUCACCGCAGGUGUGCGGCAGAGCUCCCGACUCGCUGGGAAAGGAGAUGUGGAGAGGCAGAGGUUUGAGCUGCUGGAGGCCUGCCGGCGGACGCAGGAGCAGAGGGAGGAGGUGGCGCAGCAGCUCCGGGAGCAAGAGGAGGCGCAACGGAGAAGGGAGGCGGAGAGAUGCAGCCAUGAGGCCCACCAGGGAUGGGGGGAGGAGAGUCGGAGGAAGGCCGAGCAGGAGAGAUGCACACAGGAGGAGAGACGGAGACGGGAGGAGCAACAGAGGCACGAGGAGCAACGCAGGCUGGAGGAGGAGAGACGGAGACGGGAAGAGCAACAGAGGCACGAGGAGCAACGCAGGCUGGAGGAGGAGAGACGGAGACGGGAGGAGCAGCAAAGAGAGGAGGAGGAGGAGGGGGAGCAAAAGAGACAUGAUGAAGAGCAGAGGGAGCAGAUGAGGAGGCAGAGGGAGGCACUGCAGGCUUUGAUCAACACGGAGACACAAGGCCCACGGUCUUGUCCGGUAGCUGAACCGCCGGCGGCGGGCGAGGAGGAGGAGGGCCGGAGCCGGCUGAGCCUCUUGUCCUCUCUGCUCAGGGCCAUCGAGGAGUCUCACGGGGGCUCUCUGUCUCACCUAGAGGAGCAACCCCAGCCAGCCCCCUGCACCCCAGCUCCUCCUGCCAGCGAUCCUGGCCCUCUGCGUGGCGGUUUGCCUUCCCAGUCCUGGGAAGCAGCUCGGGCCCAGAGGCCCCCACUGACCCGCGUGAAGCUCGGCGCAAUGGUGACGUUGCCGGGGCAACACGAGCUGAGUGUCAUCCAGGAGGUGGAUACGCCGGGCGAGCGCAGCCUGACGGCCACAGGGCCGGAGGAUGUCUUUGGGUCUCGGACCCUCGCAGCAGAAGGCGCCCCUGGGUCCUGGGACAGACACCAGAGACCUGGAGCUCUGCUGACCCACGUAGAGCAGAGGUCUGCGGUCUGUAGCCCCCUCCCCGACUCAGAGCUCUCCACUGAGCUGUCCUGGAAGAAGAGGCUGCUGGAACAGCCCCCUGAGACAGAGCCCGGUCCCUCCAGGCCCUCCUGGGGGCCAACUGAGCAGCCCCUCACCGCAGUAGGGGCCCCUGGCUCGAGAGACGGACACCAGAGACCUCGAUCUCUGCAGACCCACGUAGAGCAGAGGUCUGCGGUCUGUAGCGACUCAGAGCUCUCCACUGAGCUGUCCUGGAGGAAGAGGCAGCUGGAACAGCCCCCUGAGACAGAGCCCGGUCCCUCCAGUCCCUCCAGGCCCUCCUGGGGGCCAUCUGAGCAGCCCCUCGCCCCAGUAGGGGCCCCUGGGUCGAGAGACAGACACCAGAGACCUGGAGCUCUUCAGACCCACGUAGAGCAGAGGUCUGCGGUCUGUAGCGACUCAGAGCUCUCCACUGAGCUGUCCUGGAGGAAGAGGCAGCUGGAACAUCCCCCUGAGACAGAGCCCGGUCCCUCCAGGCCCUCCUGGGGGCCAUCUGAGCAGCCCCUCGCCGCAGUAGGGGCCCCUGGGUCGAGAGACGGACACCAGAGACCUGGAGCUCUGCUGACCCACGUAGAUCAGAGGUCUGCUGUCUGUAGCCCCCUCCCCGACUCAGAGCUCUCCACUGAGCUGUCCUGGAAGAAGAGGCAGCUGGAACAGCCCCCUGAGACAGAGCCCGGUCCCUCCAGGCCGUCCUGGGGGCCAUCUGAGCAGCCUUGCGCCGCAGUAGGGGCCCCUGGGUCGAGAGACAGACACCAGAGACCUGGAGCUCUGCAAACCCACGUAGAGCAGAGGUCUGCGGUCUCUAGCGACUCAGAGCUCUCCACUGAGCUGUCCUGGAGGAAGAGGCUGCUGGAACAGCCCCCUGAGACAGAGCCCGGUCCCUCCAGUCCCUCCAGGCCGUCCUCGGGGCCUUCUGAGCAGCCCCUCGCCGCAGUAGGGGCCCCUGGGUCGAGAGACGGACACCAGAGACCUGGAGCUCUGCUGACCCACGUAGAGCAGAGGUCUGCGGUCUGUAGCGACUCAGAGCUCUCCACUGAGCUGUCCUGGAGGAAGAGGCUGCUAGAACAGCCCCCUGAGAGAGAGCCCGGUCCCUCCAGGCCGUCCUCGGGGCCUUCUGAGCAGCCCCUCGCCGCAGUAGGGGCCCCUGGGUCGAGAGACGGACACCAGAGACCUGGAGCUCUGCUGACCCACGUAGAUCAGAGGUCUGCUGUCUGUAGCCCCCUGCCCGACUCAGAGCUCUCCACUGAGCUGUCCUGGAAGAAGAGGCAGCUGGAACAGCCCCCUGAGACAGAGCCCGGUCCCUCCAGGCCGUCCUGGGGGCCAUCUGAGCAGCCCCUCGCCGCAGUAGGGGCCCCUGGGUCCAGAGACAGACACCAGAGACCUGGAGCUCUGCUGACCCACGUAGAUCAGAGGUCUGCUGUCUGUAGCCCCCUCCCCGACUCAGAGCUCUCCACUGAGCUGUCCUGGAGGAAGAGGCUGCUAGAACAGCCCCCUGAGAGAGAGCCCGGUCCCUCCAGGCCCUCCUGGGGGCCAUCUGAGCAGCCCCUCGCCGCAGUAGGGGCCCCUAGGUCCAGGGACAGACACCGGAGACCAGGAGCUCUGCUGACCCACGUAGAGGAGAGGUCUGCUGUCUGUAGCCCCCUCCCCGACUCAGAGCUCUCCACUGAGCUGUCCUGGAGGAAGAGGCUGCUGGAACAGCCCCCUGAGACAGAGCCCGGUCCCUCCAGGCCCUCCUGGGGGCCGUCUGAGCAGCCCCUCGCCGCAGUAGGGGCCCCUGGGUCGAGAGACGGACACCAGAGACCUGGAGCUCUGCUGACCCACGUAGAGCAGAGGUCUGCGGUCUGUAGCGACUCAGAGCUCUCCACUGAGCUGUCCUGGAGGAAGAGGCAGCUGGAACAUCCCCCUGAGACAGAGCCCGAUCCCUCCAGGCCCUCCUGGGGGCCAUCUGAGCAGCCCCUCGCCCCAGUAGGGGCCCCUAGGUCGAGAGACAGACACCAGAGACCUGGAGCUCUGCUGACCCACGUAGAGGAGACGUCUGCCGUCUGUAGCCCCCUCCCCGACUCAGAGCUCUCCACUGAGCUGUCCUGGAAGAAGAGGCAGCUGGAACAGCCCCCUGAGACAGAGCCCGGUCCCUCAAGGCCGUCCUGGGGGCCUUCUGAGCAGGGAGGACGGUCGUCCGGUUCUUCCGUGUCUCCGGGUUCCGUCGGCAGCGGCUACACUGCCAACUCCGGGUCUGCUGGUAGGCCGGCCUACCCCGACGACUCCUCCUCCAGCAGCCUCUCCACCGGGAGCUACGUCACCACUGGCCCUGAACACGACUCCGCCCACACAGACGUCUCGGAGCCCCACUCGGGGGCGGAGCUUAUACGACCGGUUAACCCGACCGACGGCUUCCUUGCGGCCGUCUCCCCCCCGUCGGCCCCGUCCAGCCGCAGCUCCUGCAGUGUGGCGCUAUCGUCUGUGGCGGACUCAUCGUCUCCAGGCCCCUCCUUCUCCAUGGGCCCCCAGACGUCCCCAGGCUCAGAGACGACCCCAGGCUCAGAGACGUCCCCUGGCCGGGCCGUAGCUGCUUUGUUCCAUGACAGCAGCAUCCAGCGCAUCAUAGACAAGUACACCAGAGAGCUCAAUGCCUCCCUCUGCAGCAGUGCGGACACCACAGGGUCAUCAAUAGCCGUGGAUGAGAACCAGGUCCCACCGAGUCCAGCUCAGGUCCCGACCGCGACUCCCCCCACUGAGACGGCUCCACCAAGGCCUGGCCUGGAGUGGGACAACGCGGUCAACCAGAUCCUGGAGCAGUUCUCUGAAAGCGUCUCAUUGGUGCAGGACAUCUCAUUCAGGCCUCUGAUUGGUCAGCAGGAUCAGUCGUCCUGUCUGGCCGCGGACGGGCGGCACUCGGCUGUUGGGCGCCUCAUUGGUCAGCCGUCGGCCCAGUCCUCCAUGAUUGGGCAGCUCCCAGGCCCGUCGAUGCGUGCGGGAGCCAACGAGGGUGCGUGGGACUCCACGUUGAGCCGCAUGAUCGACCGCCUCUCCCACCAGCCCUGCUCCCUGUGGUCAAGCGGCGGGCGCGACUUCUACUCCAGCCAGCUGAUGGGUAGGCUGGGGUUGGAGCAGUCGUCGGUGUCGUUCGACGAAGCGCAGGAGGACAGCCGGAUGAGGCCUCUGAUUGGUCAGUUGGACGAGUCGGGUGUCCGGAGACCAGGAAGCACAGGUGGUCUCGGCGGCAGCGUGGGUCCUACAGGAUCAGACCCAGUCCAGGUCCUAGGACACCCACCUGCCCCAGAAUCCCCCCUCCACCGACCUCCUCCUCACCAGCCUGGCUCCGAUUGGCCCAGCAGUGGGCCGGGCCGCUACGCCAGCCAGCUGAUUGGCCAGCCGGGUUUGGAGGAGACGUCUUUGUGGCUGGAUGAUGCACCGGAGGAGGGCGGGAUGAAGCCCCUGAUUGGCCAGUUAUACGAUUCGGCCGUGCAGGCAGCCGGAAGCUCAGGCGAGGUCGGCAGCAGCAGCAGCAGCAGCAGCCUGGGCUCUGUUGAGUCGGUCCUGGUGGCUCCUCCUCCUCCACCACCACCUGCCUCCCAGCCCUCUGCCCCCCUCUGUCCUCCUCACCAGCCCAGCGCCCCUCAGCCCAGCGACGGCCAGCUGGUCAGACGGCUGGAGUUCGAUCAGUCGUCGCUGUGGCUGGAUGACGGACGCGAGGAGGGCGGGAUGAGGCAUUUGAUUGGCCGGCUGGACGAGUCGGGUGCGCAGGCAGCUGGAAGCUCGGGUUACGGCAGCUCCAGAACGGAGCAGACCCGGCUGAACAGAGGACCCCGCGACGGCACCGGCGGGUCUCCCCAGGCGGCCGUGGACCCUGACCUCAGCGCAGUCCCUGAGCCGGAGGUCCCCGACACACGGCGCCGGCCACCCCUGCAGGACCCCAGCGCCCCCCUGCAGCAGGACCCAGAAUGCUCUGAAGGGUUUGCCGAUCAGGACUCCUUCCAUCCCCUCCUGGCCCAGGUGACCCUCAACGAGUCCCUCGAACCCUCCAUGACCUUUCACCUGCCACAACAGGAAGUGCCCAGCUCCCCGGACGGGAGCCACCAGUCCACAGGACGGGAGGAGGCAGAGUCUACAGGUCGGCCGCUCACCCCGCAGCGGUCGGAAGAGGAGGACCAGGGCUCCUUGGUCGACCCCUCCCCAGAACACCCUAGAGCCCAGGAGGAGGAGGAGGGGGAGGAGGUGCCCAUCUCUUCCUGUCUGGACUCCUUCUGCCAGCUCGCCUCCUCCCAGCCACCGUCCGUCCUCCUCGAGUCCCCUGAGGAGGGGGAGGAGCCGAUGGUGGGAGAGGGAGACGAGACUGAUGGAUGCAAGCGAUUGGUUCCAGCCCGGGACUCGACCAGCCAAGAACCGACCAAUCAGACGGGGUCUAACCUGAAGAGUGACACUCCUAUCUGGGAUACAAUAAUAGGGACGGCUUGGGAGAAGGGGAUCCUGGAGCAGUCUGAGAUCACGCUGGUGAGCCUGAGUGACGAAAGCACGCUGGGCCCGGACACCACGACCACUGAGGACCAGGAGGUUGAUUCAACACUCCUACCUGAGGAGGAAGACCCACCCGCUACACAAGAGAGUCCCCCGUCCCAGCCAGGCGUGGUUCUGGAGCCCCAGGCGGGUCCCGCUGGGGGUCUCCAAGAGGCCUUCCAGAGGAAACGCCUGGCCCUGAUCCAGAGGUCUGCCCUCAGGGUGGAGGAGAUCAGGGCCAAACGAGUCCUGGCCAAGACCCAGCCCAGCAACGCCAAAGGCACGCCACCACAACCCAGCCAGACCCAAGGCACGCCACCCCAACCCAGCCAGACCCAAGGCAAGCCACCCAAACUCACCCAGGCCAAGACCCAGUCCGUCCAGAAUCGGGCCAAGACCAAGCUGAUCCACAGCCCCACCGGGCCUCAUCUGGGACAGGCACGGCCUGAAGACCACCCGAGGUCUAAAGGCCAGGCCCCGGGUCAACUGGUCAGCUCAAAGACCAAAGAACCCCAGAUCAAGACCAUGGUGGUUCCAGUCCGGACGGCUGUUGUCCCUGCACGGCCUGAUGGGAAACCCAAACAUCCAUCCCCAGUGAGCAAUGCUGGGAUGAAGGGUUGUGAAGAGGUGAGGACGUGCACGCCAUCCCAGAAGAAGCUGGAGGGCUUGGAGAUGCAGCUGAGAACGCGGAGGUUGUAUGGCCGGCUGGAGGAGGUGAAGCAGCAGAGGGAGGUGAAGAGCAAGCAAGAGAGCUACGCCCAGAACCGCCUCAAGGCCAAGGAGUUCCACCAGAAAACUUUACAGAAACUUCGAGCCAAGCAGACUGCACAAUGAUGAUUUUUCUAUUUAAUUUUUACAUUUUGUACAUUUGUUAACUUAUAAUUGAAGGAGUAAUAAAGCAUAUUUAAGGAGUAAUAAAGCAUAUUUAAGUAACUUCCUACCUGUUGACUUUUACUUUUGAAGUGUCAUUUUAAUAAGCUAAGAGACCUCUGUGGAUAUACAUGCUUCUGUUCAGGAAUAUAUAGACAAAGCAGUCUCAACGUCA